GACCUACUUACAGGAUUUAAAGGCCGAGAACAAAAGCGAACAUGAUCAGGUAGACGCAAACGCGGUCAAAUUCCUUCCCUUCUUUUCAAAUUUCCUCAGGCCCUCCUUCCUACACAAACAUUGACAACUGCCGUAAAAAUGUCAGCCUGGGAGCCGUCUGCGACAAUAUCUACCAGAAUCGACCACUCUGAUAUAAUUCGCGUCUCAAAUUCUCCGGACUCUGCUCACCAGACCCCAAUAUUGCAAGUCAUCUCAGAAUCACGAUCUAAAGGUUACGAUAGUGUUUGUCUACCACUGACGACUGAUGCCUGGAGGAAAAGAUGGACCGAAAUGUGUAUACUCUAUGACUGGGGAGACGAAAAAAAGAAGAGAGAGAGUCGCAGGGAAAGCAGAAUGUUUGUAAGUCGGGAUGUUGCUGCAGAUAAGAAAGCCGAAACCUGGAGGGAGAAUCCUUGUUUCGAGAUUGACGAAGUCACUAUAACGAGGCUUGACGAGGCUGAAGGUGUCACCGCCAUUAUAUCUGAAUGGUUAGAGCUUGAUACAGAAGAUGACUGGAUCCGCUGUGACGCCGAAAUCGUACGUCCUUGUCAUUGACUUGGGGGGAUCUUUGAAGACGUCCCUUAGGCACUUAAACAAGAACUAGCAUACGCUUCAUAUCUCAGUAUUCAGACGGCGAUCUUACCACCACCUCGAAAUCGCGAAUACGUAUCGUCGUAUGCCAGGAUUAUCAAUACUUGCCUACGAAAGGCCCCAUAUAUGAAUUUGGCCGUUCGCCUUCCUGUGUAUGACCCUCAUGCAAUACAAGACCCAAUAUCGCCGCUAUCUGGAGUAGCAAAUAAAGUGACGCCAAACGCUACACCAGUGGUGCCAGGGUCUCCACGCUUGACCACGCCUCCCAAUGGGCAGAAGCAAAUUAAUGCUGUAAAGUCUCUAGAGGCUCAGAUAGACGCGGCAUGGGAAGUUUGGGACCUUAUAAGGACCAUCUGCGAGUACAACACCAGGCUAUCGUUAGCUCUUGACCUUGGACCUCCACUCCCAAACAGUCUCGACGUUCUAAACAAAUGGUCAGCAGAAGCCGUUCGAUACAUUUGCCUUCCCGCGUCGACUUUCAUUGCCAAUGCCAAAGGAUACCCAGUGCUUCCAAAGCCUACGCAAACUUUUAUAAGAGAUUCCAUGGCGCACCGGCCUAAUAUUGUGCUUUCAAGCGUUUCGUCCAAUUUGCAUGCUCGUGGCGGAGAGGAUGCUUAUUCUCAAUACAUUAAACACCUGGAAGCUACGAGCCCAAUUGUGCUAGCUACCCGAAAAGCAGGUUCAGUGGAAAACUUUGCUCAAGGAUAUCAGGAUUUCCUCCAGGCCCCACUACAGCCUCUGAUGGAUAAUUUACAUUCCAUCACAUACCAAACAUUUGAGCAGGAUCCUGUGAAAUACCGAAACUAUGAAGAGGCUGUUUACAGAGCAUUGCUGGACCGCCCACAAGCGGUCAGAAUCGUUAUUUGCGUCGCUGGAGCAGGUCGGGGACCCCUCGUCGCUCGAUGCCUAUCAGCCAUCCAGCGGUCCGAUCGAAAUGCUUUUGUCUAUGCAGUAGAGAAAAAUCCAAACGCUUUUGUCACGUUACAACAUAGAUUACGCUCUGAGUGGCAGGGAAAAGUCAAGUUGCUGUUUGGAGACAUGCGACAAAUAACUAUCGAUGAACAGGCGGAUAUUUUAGUCAGCGAGCUCCUGGGGUCAUUUGGAGAUAAUGAGCUGAGCCCGGAAUGUCUGGAUGGAGCCAUGAGGUUCCUCAAACCCGGUGGCAUCUCGAUUCCUUCAUCAUAUACUGCUCACUUGGCGCCGUUAUCGUCCUCUAAAUUGUAUAACGAGGCGCGUUCGGUAAAGGAUCUCAAGAGCCUAGAAACUCCUUACGUUGUGAUGUUCCAGGCAGUAAACGUCCUCAGUGGUGACGGGGGAGGAGCCAGCAGUAGAUGCGGCCCCAAAGUUCAGGAGUGCUGGGAGUUCGAACAUCCGAGACGUGAUGUGGUUCUUGAUGGACGAGGGCUUCCUCCCACAAAUACUCAUAAUACCCGCUCGGCCAAGUUGAACUUCCAUAUUCCGCAUGCAGGUGUUCUACACGGCUUCGCAGGUUACUUUGAAGCUGUCUUGUAUGGAAAUAUUGGUCUCAGCAUCCAUCCGCAUCGGAAGAACUCAAUCUCGAAGGACAUGCUAAGCUGGUUCCCGCUGUUCUUCCCUCUGAGGGAACCACUCUACCUACCAAGGAACUCUGAAUUGCAUGUUUCCAUCUGGCGACUAACCAAUCAGCGGCAAGUAUGGUACGAGUGGCACGCAGAAUCCUUCCUAUCGAUCGAUGGAACUCCUUCGGAGAUGACGACAAGGCAGUCCACUCCUUCAAUCGGAACUGCUUCGCGCUCCUCAUUGCUGCCUUCGUCACCGUCAUUUGCCUCUAGUCCCCUCAUUGAUGCAGUCGAAAUCCCUGGUGAACGCAAGGCUCAACGCGAAGACUCGGAUUACUCUAGAAUGAUGGAUGGCCUGCUUAAAAUUGGGCAUACAGGGCUUCACAACGCAGAUGGACGAAGCAGUUGGAUGGGACUGUGAAUAAAUGCUAUUUACUAGGGCAUUUAGAGACGGGUUUUCUCAAGAUAUAAACUUGAUAUUUGGAUGUUAGUAUCUUCAUGUACAGCCUGAGUCGAGUCUGCUCCUUGUGCUCC